UGGAGAAGGCUUCGUGCUGCACAGAGCGAGAGAGCGAGAGAGAGACGAAGGAAAGGAGGAAGGGAGGAAUGCGCACAGUGCGCAGUGUCUAGAGCUAGAGGCGAUGGGCUGGCGGCGUCUGUCUGCGAGUGUUUUGUCUGUGGAGUGGGGCGGAGGAUGGGAUGGGAUGGGGAGGGCAGGGGAGGGGAGUCGAGAGCAGCAGCGGCAGCAAUCACACGUGAAAAGAGUGAGUGGAGGGCAGCAGUAGCAGUAGCAGGUAGCGGAAGGGUGGAAGAAAUUGCGAUUGGAAUUUAGUCGCUACAGGGAGCGAGGAGGAUUACGGCCGAGAGUAUAUCUCGUGCAUCUAUGCGUCGGUCGGUCUUUCUUGCUUUCUCUCUGUCUAUCCAUGUCUUUAUCCGAAGCUAGGAACCGCUGCGUGUAGAAAGAAAGGCGGAGGAAUUGAGCAUUGUGGGAAAGGAUGGUGGCAUGAUUAGGAGAGGGACCUAAGCAGGCAGGCACUAGCGAGCGAGAGGUGGGGAGAGGGAGAGAGGUAAAAGAGUGGUGAACCACCGCCUGAUGCCUUGUGGACGAUUCUCAGUGGAUGGUGGUCCCCAGUCGGCCUUCUUCCACGACUGCUCUGCCGCGGCAUCCUUUGUGCUCUCCUUCACCCGGCACUUCGCAACAAACUCCCUCGCCCCCGACGGACAGGCCAGCGACGCAGCGAGAGUGAGUGCGGAGAGCGAGCGCGAGUGAGGGCUGCGGAGAUCGUCGACUGGCGUGACUCGCGGUGAUGGAAGCAGGUUUCUGUCUGAGGACGUUGUGGGGCUUAUGAGCUCAUGGGUAUGAGGAAUUCGGUGAAGGUGACAUUGUUGGGGCCUGUUAUCGGUCUUUCCUUCGCGGAACCUCGAGAUCUGCAAUGGCCGUCAUGGUUAGGACCGCGCCUGGGGUUGAGCUUCAGGGGCUGAUUGACGUAGUGCGCAGGGUCGGCAGAUCGUAGUGCUACUCACGAGACUGACAAAUUGAACACCCACGCGAUCGAACGGAACAACGGUGAUUCUCGACAGACGUAAUGAUGGGCUGUAAACGGAGGGACAAGAUGCGCCGGAAGGUUAUGGCUUAUUCGUGACCGUAAGCAUGGCUGCGAGUGGAUUGAAGACCGAGAUUAAUGUGAGCAAUUUGGGUGUCGAGGGCCCGUGGAGCCACAGAUGCGGAUGGACUCGUAGCCUCGUUUAGUGUAGUCAUUAUAACUCUUAUGUGAAGGCCCCGCUGGACGCAAUGUGGGUAUAGGAGCAGGGUGGUAGUAGAAUGCGGUAGCAGUGUAGGCACUAUCGUUUAUGUCGAACGCGAGAAUGAGCGCAGAGGAAAAUGUGGAAGGUCAAGAACAGGAAGACGAAGUAGAGAGCAUGGGGGAUGGAGGAAUUUCCGGGGCUGACAAGGCUUUUAGGAGGAGAGGGUCAUAAGGUUAGGAACAAAGUAUAAGUACAGAUUACAGAGAAGGCCAUGGCGGAUCUAUCUACAACUGGACAACGGUUCAGGCGCAUCGCGCAUAGUGGUUCAAUGAACGACAUUGAUCCUAUGCUUCAUGGCGAUCUGGAACAGUGGCCACACAUCAAAGAGCUCGUCCUUAUCCACAAGGCAGAUUGGGUUAAGGAUGAAAGCAAAUAUGGUCAUUAUGAGAGUGUUCCACAUCCUUCUUUCGAGCAACCAACUUUUGAAGGGCCCGAUACGGACAUCGAAACAGAGCACCGGCUAGCAAAUGGACGACGUGGUCGAACUGCAGAAGUUUUAGAUGACGAUGAUCCCAGCACUUCGGGCAGACUCUCUGUCGCGAGUGAAUACGAAGUCUCACAUGAAAAGAAGCUGCCAAAGCAUUUUGGUCCGGCUCCUUUACCAGCCUACGACCCUGUGUUUAGCUGGGAAACAGAAAGGGCUACUAUAUAUGGGCAGAGAGUACCUGUCCUACCAGCGGCCCUCUCUCAUAGCGGGCUGAAAUUGUCCGUUAAAGUUCUCUCACUUAACUUUCAUGCUGGACUAGUCGAACCUAUAUAUGGCACUGUUUGCUUAUAUCAUCGAGAAAGGAGGGAGAAGCUUUCCGAAGACUUUUACUUUCAGUUCAGUCCUAACGACUUUCAGGAGCCAGGAGCACCCCCGUACAGGCGUGCCAUAUUUUCACUUGAUUCCCCUACGGCUCCUGUCUGUCUCCUUAUUCAGCUUGAGAAACAUGCAACGGAAGAAGGCGGUGUUACCCCUUCCGUCUAUUCUCGGAAAGAACCUGUUCAUUUGACUGAGAGAGAGAAACAGAAACUUCAAGUAUGGGCUAGAGUCAUGCCUUACCGAGAACCCUUUGCUUGGGCAGCAGUUCCACUUUUUGACACGACAAUGUCCGGAGUGGGUGGUUUUCCAUCUCCAAGUAGUCCCCUUCCUCCCGGUAUGCUAAGUACUAGCUUGCUUGAGGGUGUGGAUUUGGACAGUGGCAGAUCGGAUAAACAACACGAGGGUGGUGGCCCUGUGUUAGUGGACAUCCCAGGAUUGAAUCGGGUCAAAGAAUGCUACAGCGAAGAGUCACUGCAGGUUUAUUGGCAGGAUCCUAAGCGGAAAGUACACAAGCCUGUCAAAGCAAUGAUGCGUUUGGAAGUGGAGAGAAUACUUCCAGAAGACAAUGAUGUGGAUACCUUCUCAGAAAGCAGCAGCAUCAGCAAUGGAUCAGGGGAUGGAGACGGCCGCAUUGGAGACACGUCAUUGAGGAGUAUCGGGAAGUCGGGAAGAGCCUUGUUUAAUGGACGGCCGAAAUGGAGUGCGGGUGAUCGUAAUGACAGUGGGAAACACAAGUUCAGCAGCUUUUCAAGCGCGAACAGUCCGGAUCAUCAAACGGCAGAUUUUCGAGCACUGGAAUUCCGGGCCCUUACAAAGAAUGAGCCCUUUAAUCAGCUUUUGCACAGUCUUUAUGUGUACCCACUCGCCGUUAAUAUGAGCAAGAAACGCAAUCUUUUUAUCCGGGUGGAGCUGCGGAAGGAUGAUGUUGAUAUACGCAACCCUGCUCUGGAGGCAGUCUACGCCAGAGACGGUAGUAACCGUAUUCAAAAGUUUGCUCAUUCUCAAAUAGCUGUAAAUGCCCGUACAGCUCACUACCAUGAUGAGUUCAAGCUACGUCUUCCUGCGGUUCUCACUCCUCAUCAUCACCUAGUCUUCACCUUCUUUCAUGUCGAUCUCCAGAUGAAGCUGGAGGCACCUAAGCCGGUAGUUAUGGGAUACUCUGUUCUUCCACUGUCGGCAGGACCCCAAGUUCUGAGAUCUGACGGAAGCUUGCCCAUAAUGAAAGAGUUGCUUCCACACUAUCUGCAAGAUGGUGUAAAGGAGCGGAUGGAACAUCUUGAAGAUGGAAAGAGCGUGUUCCGGUUACGCUUGCGUCUUUGUUCAUCACUUUACCCAAUAAAUGAGCGUAUUCGUGACUUCUUUACAGAGUAUGAUCGGCAUAUUCUCCGAACUAGCCCUCCUUGGGGUUCGGAACUUCUUGAGGCCAUCAACAGCCUAAAGGUUGUAGACCCGACUGCAAUGCUACAAUUUUUGCAACCCAUCCUGAACAUGCUGCUUCGGAUGAUCGGGGAUGGUGGCGAAACUUUGCAGGUUGCUUCAUUUAGAGCAAUGGUCAACAUUUUGAUACGGGUACAGCAGGAAUCAUCUGAAGGGGCAGACCGAAAUCCCUAUCUUGUUCAGUACGUGGAUUAUUCUUUUGAUGAUUUGGGUGGUCUUCAAGAUCCGGUUUAUCCUGGUCUGUGCAAUGUCUGGAGAAGCUUGGCCAGAAGCAAGGCAAAAGGGUAUAGGGUGGGACCAGUUUACGACGAUGUGCUGUCGAUGGCAUGGGUGUUCCUGGAGCUAAUUGUGAAGUCCAUGGCUCUCGAACAGUCACGAGUUUUCUCUGAUACUCUUCAUUUAGGUGAAGAUUUGCCUCCGAUGCAGCUGAAGGAGGGGGUCUUCAGAUGUAUUUGGCAAUUAUAUGACUGUCUCUUGACUGAAGUACAUGAGCGUUGCAAGAAGGGUCUCACAUUGGCCAAACGUCUCAACAGUAGUCUUGCUUUUUUCUGCUACGAUCUCCUUUCAGUCAUUGAACCCCGCCAAGUAUUUGAGCUGGUUGCACUCUAUUUUGACAAAUUUACUGGAGUUUGUCAACAAGUACUGCAUGAGUGUAAGCUCACGUUUCUAAGGAUCAUAUGCGACCAUGAUUUGUUCGUGGAGAUGCCUGGGCGGGAUCCCUCAGAACGGAACUAUUUGGCAUCAGUCCUGAUGCAGGAGCUGUUCCUUACUUGGGACCAUGAAGACUUAACACAAAGAGCGAAGGCUGCGAGGAUAUUAGUUGUACUCAUGUGCAAGCAUGAUUACGACGCUCGAUAUCAGAAACUGGAAGACAAGCUCUACAUUGCUCAGCUCUACUUUCCUCUCAUAGGCCUUAUAUUGGAUGAGAUGCCUGUGUUCUACAACCUAAGUUCAACGGAGAAGCGGGAGGUUUUAGUCUGUGUGAUGCAAAUCAUUCGACAUCUCGAUGAUGCGACCCUUGUGAAGGCCUGGCAGCAUAGUGUUGCUCGAACACGACUUUUUUUCAAGCUCCUUGAAGAGUGCCUCGGUUUGUUCGAGCACAAAAGAGCCUCAGUUGAUAACAUGGGAAUACCUGGGGGCAUUCCUCCACCUGAAGAAGUUGAAGGACCCUAUUCCCCACGAUAUUCCGAAAAAUUGUCCCCGUCUAUCCACGGGUACUUCACCGAAGCAUCCCGGCCGGACGUUGGCAGACCGCAGGUCACACCAGAUAGUGGAUACUUGUGGAAGAAAUUAAGCCCACAACUAAUAAGCUCUCCAGGUCAACCGUAUUCGUUGAGGGAGGCUUUGUCAUCUCAAGCUCCAUCUUCUCGAAGAGUAGGUUCAGACCGGGCAUUGCGUGAAAGUCUGCAUCCAAUGCUCCGCCAAAAGCUGGAACUUUGGGAGGAUAACUUAAGUGCAGCUGUAAGCCUGCAGGUGCUUGAAAUCGUUGAGAAGUUUGUUGACGCAGCUGCAACCCAUAGCAUUGCCACUGAUUAUAUAAAACUCGAUUGUAUUACUGCCCUCUUCACUGGGUUUUUGUCUCGCAGCCAACCGCUUCUAUUCUGGAAGUCAUUCCUUCCAGUUUUCAAUAAUCUAUUUAGUCUCCAUGGAGCAAUUCUUAUGGGUCGGGAAAAUGACCGUUUUCUGAAGCAAGUAGCGUUUCAUUUAUUGCGCUUGGCCGUGUUCCGGAACGAGUCAAUACGCAAACGAGCUGUUGUUGGCCUCCAGAUUCUCGUUCGGAACUCUUUCUAUCACUUUCAAACUACUGCGCGACUCCGUGUGAUGUUGACCAUCACUCUCUCAGAGCUUAUGUCUGAUGUACAAGUAACUCAUCCAUGUCCCGACGGAACUUCGGAGGAAAGUGGAGAAGCAAGGCGAUUGCGGAAAUCUUUACAAGACAUUGCUUCCGAAACUAGUAGCGUGGAGCUGCUCAAAGAAUGCACUCUGCCAGAGAACUGUUUGGUUGCAGUACCUGAUGGUGCAAGCGAAAAUCGGUGGCGGUGGAAAGAACUGCAAGAUCUGUCAACUACAUUGUUGCGUGCUCUCGAUGCUGCCGUUGAGCACGCUCUCCUGGGUCCAAUGACGGGCUUCGACAAGUAUGCAACUGCAGAAAGCUACCACAGUUUGGCCUGGGCUUAUUCUCAUGUGCCAGAUAUCCACAUCAUGUGGCUCUUACAUCUUUGUGAUCAACAUCAGCAAAUGCAUUCAUGGGCAGAGGCUGCUCAAUGUGCUGUGGCUGUGGCUGGUGUUAUUAUGGAGGCUUUAGUUGGAAGAGCUGAUGCGGUGUGGGGAAAAGACCAUGUGGAGUCGCUCCACAAAAUAUGUCCUAUGCUAAGUAGCUCAGUAAUAGGAGAGGCAGCCGCUGCCGAAGUAGAGGGAUAUGGAGCUUCAAAGCUGACUGUAGACUCAGCGGUAAAGUAUCUUCAACUGGCAAAUAGACUCUUUCAGCAGGCGGAGCUGUUCCAUUUUUGUGCUGGAAUUUUGGAGCUCAUAAUUCCAGUGUACAAAAGUCGACACGCUUAUGGGCAGCUUGCAAAGUGCCACACUUCCCUUACCACUAUCUAUGAUUCCAUUGUCGAACAGGAGACGAGCCCUAUUCCAUUUACAGAUGCCACUUAUUAUCGUGUGGGAUUCUAUGGGGAACGUUUUGGUAAACUAAAUCGGAAGGAGUAUGUGUACAGAGAGGCUAGAGAUGUCCGCCUUGGAGAUAUAAUGGAGAAACUAGGACAUGUAUACGAGUCUAGGCUAGGUGAUGGGCACACCUUGCAUAUAAUACCCGACUCGCGGCAGGUGAACGCAGAUGAGCUUCAGCCAAGAGUUUGUUACCUGCAGAUCACAUCUGUCGACCGUGUGAUGGAAGAUGAGGAUCUAGAGAGCAGGAGAGAAAGACAACAAACUGGUCACGCAUCAGGAAGCGUCAGUGCGCGAGUUUUUGAUCGAUUUUUGUUUGACACCCCUUUCACUAAGAACGGUAGGAGUCAAGGAGGUUUAGAAGACCAGUGGAAGCGGAGAACUGUGGUCCAAACUGAAGGCCCUUUUCCUGCACUAGUAAAUCGUCUCCUUGUGGUGAAGUCCGAGUCCAGAGAGUUUUCUCCCAUUGAAAAUGCUAUAGGAAUGAUCGAAACCAGGACAUCAGCGCUACAGAAUGAACUCGAAGAGCCACGCAGUGCAGAAGGAGAUCAACUGCCUCGGUUACAGAGUCUGCAAAGAAUUCUGCAAGGCAGUGUUGCUGUUCAGGUCAAUAGUGGGGUUCUUGGAGUCUGUACAGCCUUCUUGUCUGGUGAGCCAGCAACACGACUCCGUUCCCAAGAGCUGCAGCAACUUAUUGCAGCAUUGCUGGAGUUUAUGGGUGUAUGCAAACGUGCAAUUCGUGUACAUUCCCGCCUGAUAGGAGAAGAAGACCAAGAGUUCCAUUCUCAGCUAGUAAAUGGUUUUCAGUCUCUUACAGCGGAGCUCUCUCACUACAUACCGGCCAUCUUGUCUGAACUUUGAGGUUUGCAGUCACUACUCUCCAUUUUCAAGUUAAACGUCCACAUAGCACUCAAGCUGUUUGUAGACUGGGCUCUGUCCCACUAGUUCUCAGUAAACAUCAGUCAUCGAUCUUGCAGGAAAUGUGCAGCAAUGUAGAAAUUUUCUUCUGUACCUAUUGGGCAGCUUCAUUUUGUAUUUAUAGGUUGGACAAAGCAAUGUCCAAAUUAUCUCAAAGUGGCCCAUUUGAUUCAAUACAAUAGGGGACAUAAAAAGGUUGCAAUCCUUGUUGACUUGAUGGAUGUUUUGUUCUAUUAGUUUUUUUCACAAGUGGAUUGACGUCUGUCUAUUCACUUGUCUCUUGUAUAUAAGCACAAGGGAUGCCGUGUCACGUCAAGCUUAGAUAAUUAGCAACGAAGUAUGAAGUAUAAACUUGUGUAAAAAAAUUUCUGCUGAACGAGAUCAACGUGAGAUGAACUAAAUUGCAAGUACAGAUUUUAAGCUGCUUGUUCUGCACCAAAUUGAGCUGAUAGUGGGCGAUCCAACUUUGCGUUGAUGUACUGCAAAAGGUAUUGGCUUGACUACAUAAUUUGCCUCCCACAUUGCUGAUUUUUUUUUUGGUUCUCUCCAUCGUGAAUAUAGGCAAGAGGUGGCCACCAGCUGAUUGUUGAACUUUAGUUGGCUGGCUAUCCAUUCAGGUAUUGACGUCGUAUUAUAGUGAACGAUUUCCACAACAGGAUCGGAUGUAUUUAGGCAGCCAGACUUGCAAAUUGCGUAUGCAGUUCCGAGCCGUCGUUUUGAUGUGGAUAAUAUACUCAAUAACUUCCCCCCUAAACUCGACCAAGAAAGAAUCGCAUCGCUAAAAGAUUACGAUCAUAUUUGUCAUGUAUCCAUCCUCGUAGAUAACCAUCUUUACAAUCUUUAAUCUUAAAAAGCUGCAGCGAUGUGUACGCUGUUGUAUACAUUUAUUAAGAGACGAGCAAGUGGAGUUGAUGCAUAUUGUGGUGAGGCGAAUUGGAUUUGGCUGAUUUGAGUUGUAGAAAGGAAUUGAGAUUUGGAGAAUCCUUCUUGUAUCUUGUACUAACGGAGGUGCUAAUUACUACAACAUUGUCAGACAGUGAUGUAAUCUCUGACCACGGCACGCAAGUAGCAACGUCAUUAACAGAACUGAAACUGGAGAAGGGGCGAUGUACGUCAAUUCCAUGUUAUAAGUUAACGUGGAAAACACAGAUGCAUUUGCUAAAGUGCGACUAAGAUGGACUGGAUCUGCUUGAUUGUGCUUGGCUUUAGUGAAAUCUGGUAAUGAAACAUACAUCUCUAGCUUAGGGUGUCCGCUCAGGUCUGUCGUUAGACAACUGUCCAUGUGCUGCUUUCAUUGAUUCAAACCGAAGGGUACAACAAUGAAGAAGUAGAACACCAUCACAAUAUGUUUUUCGAUGUAAUAUAACAUCUAUGAUUAAAAUUCUAUAUUUUUUUACUAUUUGGAAAAUACACG